AUGGUACAACAAGAUCGAUGGGUAUUUUCGAAGAAAGGGUACAUGAGAAGUGAGAACGAGCCCACCUUGUACGUGAAAAAUGAAGGUAAAAAUGAUUUCAUCAUUGUUUGUCUUUACGUUGAUGAUAUCAUUUAUACUAGUUCCUCUAACUUACUUGUUAAUGAAUUUAAGUCUCAAAUGAUGAAUGAAUUUGAGAUGUCCGAUAUGGGUUUAUUGCAUUAUUUCCUCGGUCUUGAAAUUCAUCAAGCUGAUGAUGGAAUUUUUAUCUCACAAAGGAAAUAUGCCAAGGAUCUUCUCAGUAAAUUUAGUAUGCUUAAUUGCAAGCCUGCAGCUACACCCAUGAAUAUCAAUGAAAAAUUACAGCAAGAGGAUGGAGAAGAAAUGGUAGAUGCAAGGAGGUUUAGAAGCUUGGUUGGAGGUUUAAUCUAUUUGACUCACACUAGACCCGAUAUUGCAUUUCCUGUUGGUGUUAUUUCCAGGUUUAUGCAGCAACCUUCAAAGGUUCAUUAUGGAGCAGAAAAACGAGUCUUGCGAUACAUUCUUUGGAACUUGAGUAUGGCAUAUGGUACUCAAAACUUUAGAUUUCAGAUUGUGUGGGUUCACGACGGUGAUUGGGCAAGUUCUCUAGAUGAUAAAAGAAGUGUAUCAACAUUUGUUUUACUCUAG